UAUGGCAUAAUCAGUUGACAAUGCUCUAUCUUCUGGUUAUUUUACUAGGUACUAUCAGUUUUGUUGUACCUGAGAAGGAUAAAAUCCACUUGUGUGCUCAGCUUAGUCCGAGAUCGCUGGGUAUUGGACAGCACUGUCUAUCGAAUUGUGAAGGUGUUUGCAACCCUCGUAUUGCCAUUCCGGGUACCAUUGUAAUGCGUGUGGAUGAUGUCGGACCUAUACGUAGUGACUGCGGUAACGGAAAGCAGCGUUACAUGUGCAUAAGCACUCCUCCAACUCCUCACGGUUAUCCUCUAUGUACUAUACUAGAUCCCAGUUACUAUAAGGACACUUCUGCGGCUUGCUGGACCGGGUGCUUAGAUCACAAGUGUCCGGAAGGCAUGACUGCUAAGAAAAGCCAUCGCACGAAUUUUGGUUGUUUCGAUAGCAACUUGCGAGUAUUGUGCGUGCCCUGACCUCAGUUCUCCUUGUUCUGAGGCACGUUGAUCCUCAUGGGCAUGCUCCUGGGCUGGACGAAGGUCCUGAUCUUGCGGGCCUCAACGGACCUCACGCGAACUACGCGGGAGUGGAUAGCACAUGAGACACAGUAGCACUGCUUGAUGUACAACUUGGG